AUGUAUGUCUUGCUGAACCUUAAGGAUGGAUCAAGGUUAACGGAUGUGGUUCAGUUAUUGUUUUCUCAUGGGCAUACUGCAGUGAGCGUUGCCGAGAACAUUGAAGAUUUAUGUCCAACGUGUGAACAUAGAAACAAUCAUAAAACGAGUGGUGCGGAGCACAACGAUGACCAAGGAGAUGUAGAACUCGAGAAAGAGCAUCAUGGUCCGCCAUCAAAACGGAAAGCACGCAUUGAGUAUCUUGGUCUCGAGACGUUUCAGUGUCAGGUGAAUUGAUG